ACUGAGCAGACGCAGACUGCCACUUGGUGAAAAGUGGCAAAAGACAAAGGACACAACUGCCUUGUGAGAAGGAACAGAGUCCAGUCUCACUCCCCGGAGCAGUGUGCGACAUUUGGGUUUGUGACGGCAGCGACUUGCUUUUGGACAUCUCUGCUGAGGCAUCGGCCCUUUUACAGUGGAAGUUUGUCAGCCUGGUGAUGGAACAAAAAGCACAACUGUAAGCUAGAAGCAGCACAGAGGAUGAAGGAAGUCACUAUCAUCUCUGUGGUGGAGGUGUAAUCUUCAAUUCAAAGUCUGUUAUAUUUGGAGAAAGGUCUCGUCUUCCGUUUUCCCAUGCCCUGCCUAUGUCCCCUUUCCAAGAUAGACUGUGUCUCCCAAUUUAAACCCUCACCUCCCCUUCAAUCAUCUACAAACACAAAAGCUCCUCUCUUUCAAGCGGCUGAGAGGUUACCAUGGCGAUGGUUGUCAUGAUGCAGAUGUAGCUUCCUGAAGGUGGUGACGAACAACCUGGGAUGGGCAGCACUCCGUAUCCAGGCGGCGAGUGGAAGGGGAAGGGCAAAGGAAGCCUGCAGGAGCUGGGCUGCAUGCCUUGGAAGGUCAGCAAGCAGAAAGCUGGAGGAGGAGGUGGAGGGGAGGUGGUGAGAGCAGAAGAGCGAAGGUGCAGGGAUCCCCAGCAGGAGCUUUCAUCCUCCUCUUCUUCCCUCACCGUGCCACCACUUCCUCAAGCCUCGCUGACACGUCCGGCUAUUUACCACGAGAAGCAGCGGCGGGAGCUGUGCGCCCUGCACGCACUCAAUAACGUCUUCCAGGAUGGCUUGGCCUUUAGUAGGGACACCUUGCAGGAGAUCUACCAGAGGCUUUCUCCCAGCACUCUGGUGACGCCUCAUAAGAAGAGCAUGCUGGGAAACGGGAACUACGAUGUAAAUGUCAUCAUGGCCGCCCUGCAGACGCGAGGCUUUGAGGCAGUUUGGUGGGAUAAAAGAAGGGACGUCGGCAGCAUCGAGUUGUCCAACGUGACCGGCUUCAUUCUCAACGUUCCGUCCAAUCUUCGCUGGGGACCUCUGCAGCUGCCACUCAAACGCCAGCACUGGAUCGGGGUGAGAGAAGUCGCGGGGGUCUACUACAACCUGGACUCCAAGCUACGUGGCCCUCAACCAAUCGGUAGUCCAGAUGAGCUCAGGAAGUUCCUGCGCCAGCAGCUCCGAGGGAAGAACUGUGAACUUCUCUUAGUCGUGUCGGAUGAAGUGGAGGCGCAACAAACAUGGCGCUCUGACAGCUGAGGACUGAACCAGCCAAUCACAGCCUGCGGUUGAGAUUCAUUUCAGUGACGCACACAUCCAAUUGCAUACUGGUGGAAUUAUUGGGGGGUGGCAGGACUCUCCUGAUUGGAUGCAAAGCAAUGAAGGAAGCGAACACUUUCCAGGGAAGAUUAAUGAGUUAUUUACUUCAAAGAAGAUAUUAUUCAAUUUCUGCUAUUCUUGUGUUUUUAUACAACAUAUCCAGACUAUUUUUCUGUCACUUGUGAUCUGCUGGUUUUAUCUAUUUUUUGUCCUUUUUACUGUUCAAGUCUCCAAAGUCAUGGGAGUACUCUUGAAGAUCUUUUUGUUUGUUUGUUUUUUGUCUCUCCUUAAACGGAGGGAAUAGUUCAUUUGCCGUUCCUUCACGUUCACCAAAGCGUGCCCUUCUUCACUUUGUUGUGACAAUGUCUCACUCCUUGUUGUGGUUGUUUUGGCUUAUCAGAGGUCACUUUUUGUGUUACAUCCACUUCUUGGACACCACAGGCACAGAGUGAGAGCCUUUUACUGUACAAUCUUUCGGACGCAGCAGUUUACUGUGGCAACGCAGCAAUGCAACAAAUCCAAUAUUUCCUCUAGUGGAUGUUUGUGGUAGUUGCUGAAUCAUUUUUUUUUUUGCUUUUAUACUGUAGAGCACAUGUGUCAAACCCGUGUCCUGGAGGGCCGAGACGCUGCAGGUUUUCUCUCCAACCAGUUUCUUCAGCAGGUGAUUUAAUUGAUGAGCUCCUUCCCUCAAACUGAAGGUGUUGAUCAUUAAAAUCACCUGCUUUAGUGACCGGCUGGAAAGAAAACCUGCAGUGUCUCGGACCUCCAUGGCAUGAGUUUGACACCCCUGCUGUAGAGUGAUCAAGGAAAUACUGUAUAACUAUGGGGGCAAAUGUACAGCAAUGUCCAAAUGAUCCAAAACCAAACACACGUGGAACAUGAAAAUGCUGCAAUCACAGAACCGCUGCAGGAUGACAAACAAAUGCAAAAGAAUAAUCCCGUAGGUGCCAAAAACACACGCAAACCCCCAAACAGCAUGAGAGAAAUGCAGCAUGUUCACUGAACAAAGCAGGAGUUAUCCAGGCACUUGAGACUGAAUAUUGAACAGUAUUAUAGCGCAACCCAUUUUCACGAAUGCCAAAUGUUUAACAAAGACACGAAGAAAAAUGUACCUUGGUUCUGCCAAAUUUCUUCUGGACAUCCCGGUCGUUUUGGACCUCAUGCAGUUGUUUUAGGGGGUUGUAUGCGUUUUUGGCAUUUGCAGCACUUUUGCAAUGAUUUUUGAUCCUGCAGCAUUUAUGUGAUGUGAGCAUUUUUAAUAUGCAGCAUUUUCCUGUUGCGUUUGUUUUAAGUUGUUUGUGUGUUGUUGAUCCGGGAUCGUUUGGACGUUGCUGUUUGUUGCUACAGUACACUAUAAAAAUAUCACAUCAUUUCACCAAACGAUGACCGUAUUGCACACUUCAUUUUCAUGCACAAAACAAUCGCAGUGUAAAGUGUAUAAGCUAUGGGGUUUUUUUGGUAAUAGCAGUGUAUCAAAUGAGUCCGAGUUGUUGCUUGUAGCUUCAGUGAGUUCACCGUUCAGCGGUUUUCAACUCUUCAGGCAGAGAAUAAAAAGCCAAUUUAUCUUCAUCAGGUAGGUCCAAAUCGACCUUUUUGCGGAAUUUAAGUUGAGUCCACAGCCCUUAAAUCGCAGUGUUUGGCGUUUUCACAUUUCUUGUUCUGGAGCUUGUAUUUUCUCAGUUGCCCAUUAUGUUUCAAAACAGUAAAGUAUAUGUAUCUACAAUGGAUGCAUAUUAGCGCAUUGCACAGACAGGUUACUUGCAAUUGUGUUUUACGCCAUGAAUGUGCUGUUGUUGAUUUUAUUCAAUUACACAAUACAUACUAAGACUACAGUAUCUGACCAUUUGCACAAUCUCAUGAUAUCCAUACCUCUUUUUUUUUUUAACGUUCACAGUGGCGGAUGUCAUGGCGUUGUGCAAGUGGCGAUAAUGCCAACAUAAAUUGCGUAUGACAACGUAUAAAGAGUGGGAUUUCAUUUGAAACGCCUUCAUACUUUUAAGAAGUCAAAAGUUUCAGAAUAAGAAAAUACGACUUGGAUCUGAAGUCAUGUCAUGACUGCAUAUUUUCCGUACUACGCAUUGUUCUCAUCAAACAGGUAGUUAAUUAAAGUGACGGUUGCAGCAGUCACCUGUAGCUCUCUUAAAUCUGCACACGACGUUUGGGGGUGUGUCAUGUUCAACUAUAUAAUAUGGGCUGUAAUGUGCAGAAGUGGUUGUGGUGGGAACAAAAGAAAUUGGAUUUAGUGGGCUCGUGUGGUUGUAUUAUUGUGAAAUUAGCCUUAUGAGAGAUUCAGUGUUGUAGCUCUUGAGAUGUAUCAGCUGUUUCUAUUUACAUGUAUUGUCUUUUUUGUGACAAUAUCGGCCUUAAAUUGUUUACAUCAAAAGGUGCGUGGGCAGUUUCACACGUGUAUUCCAAAGCACUAAUGUAGACGAGCAGUCCAUUAAAGAUGUCUUCAGUGA